GAGUUGCUUCCGCGGAGGUGAAGGGUCGAGGCCAAGUUGAAGCAGGUGCAUUGUGACCGACCGUCUUCAGUUCGCCAAGGACUUCCGGAAGCUUCUCACAACGAGGUGCACAGACAGAUGCGUAUGGUGUGGCAAUACGGUGGUGAAAUCUGUGUGGUAUGAUGUGUCGUGCAGCAGCGAGUGAAAAUGGGCAGCUGUUCUUCAUCCACAGGCAAGGCAGGUCCGCCAUGGCAGCCGGCAUCGAUCAACUAUUCCAAGCCGCUCCCCAUCGACCGCCCGCCAGUCCGCCCAUCGACCUUCCACCCCUUAGACGCACGACUCUACCGCCGAAUCGCCAUCGAAUACUGCGACCUCAAGAGUGUUCUGGCUUUGAGGGCGACAAACAAGACAGAAGGAGCAACAAUUAUCAGCCUCACGGCGCUAUUGGACCGCUUGAAUGGCCUGCUGGUGGCAGAGGACAUCUCUGGCCUGAUCGACGUCGAGCAGCAUGAGUCUGCUAUGCCUGGCGGGAUGUGGCUGUUCGACUACGUAGCAAGAGCAACUUAUCUGAUGGAGCAUCGUGGGCAGUGGCGGAAGUGGAAGACCAGCAUCUAUUUGGCAAAGUCCAGCGGCCUCGUAGCUCGCCUCCCCAUCACUCUCGACCCCGCGGCGAUGCAAUCUAACUUCCCCUCCAGAACAGACUAUCAUGAAAUGCCGCCGGCCAUCGCGCAGUACGCGUCGUUUGGCAGCCGGAUCGGCCAGGGCGACGGAAGCAUGGCUCUAAUAAGGGAGGAGGGUCUGGGCGAGUGGUACAGGAUCGGCAACGGCGAGCACCGCUUCCGCACUGUGAUGCGUUCAGAUUUGCCGGGACGCCACCUGUACAGGCUCACCUAUGACGAGAGUGACCCGGUUAUACGACGAGACGACGACCUCUUCCCAUCCUUCUCCGGCUACGUCAUCGAGCGCAUCCUCGAGCAGGGGAUGGCUCCAAUGGUGGCUUCAGCAACCAUCAUGCGGAGCGACAGCCGCUACGGCUCUGUCCGUCGUUUGCUCGCAGCCUCUAUUCAAGGACACUGUGCGGUCGGGCACCGAAUUGAUGGCGGUAACGCGUUCACAGCCUCCGUGGCUGCCGAUGGUUUCGGGCAGCAUCGGUUCAUCGUGGUGUCGGGUGACCGGUGGAACGACGGCUUCCUGGCCUAUGUGGAUGUUCACGUUUUCUCGCCGCGCACGGGGUGCCUCGUGCGGCUCUUCACCAACGAGGGGCGUGUAGAGGGGCAGGAGGGGCGGGACGGUGUGCCUGCGACCGUGAGCAAGGCCCGCAGCGUGCUGCAGGCGGUUGGCGUCGACUUUGACGCACUUGGCUGCGGUUUUCGACAGGUGUACUAAUGAUGAGGCGGGUGCAUGGAGGUACUGAACUGUGGUGAUCGGACUGUGCAAUUACUUGUGUGUAGAAAGCAUUCAUCAGUCACUUGAGGAAAAAAAAAAAGAGCGAGAGUGGGGAGCGAGACGCACCGGGUCUGUAAAUGUGUCUGGUGCCUGCUGCCUGCCUGCGCGUCUACGUUUGUGUGUAUCUGUCGUGUCUAUGGAUGAACGGAGAGAUGUCAUGAUGUUGUCGGCCCUGUCUGCCGGUCUGGAUGGAUGUAUGUGCGUGCAUGAUUUUAUUCAUGUGUUGUGGCUGAUGCAUGGGUGGAAAUACAUUGACUCACAGCGCGACGGCAGGCAAUGGUCUCAUG